CUGGCAAUCGUCUUCUUCUUGUUGUUUUCAAUGUUUUGAAGUGUUUUUCUUAUGCAGCGUGCACCUUGUAGCAUACGUUGCAUAACCGAUAACUACGGGUCUCAUGAGCCAUAAGAUUUGUUGUUUAUAAACAAUAAGAACAACUAUCGUACUGCAUUCUUGGCGGAGGUUGUAUCGAUAAGUUACAGUGUGUUCUGAGACUUCUGACUGUUCUCCUGGACGUGCUGGCGUGGCAUGGAGGCCAUCGAGCAACUGUUAAAGGAGCUGCUGCAGCCUGAUCGCGGGACUGCAGCGGGUGACGGCGUAUCCGCGAGUCAGCGUCCGCUGAUUUUGCAGCGCUUCACCUGGCCGAUCCCCAGUCCCGACGCGACCCCCUACAAGAAUAUCUACCAUGGCGGGGAGGAGAACGAGAAGCGCGAGGUCUCCCACAAGAACAUCCUCGUCGAGGGCCCGCCGUUCCUCGGCGAACUUAAACUGGAAAUCAACUGGCACUAUUGGUGUCUGCGGCGCGAGAACGAAUUCGUGGUGGACCAGAUCCGCUGCUGCCUGAUCAGCACGCGCCCCAACCCCCUGACCCUGCCCCCCGGCGCCCCGCCCUCCCAGUCCUUCGUCUACCCCGAGCAGUCCUUCGGGCCCGUCCUCAUUCCCCUCCAGGGUUUCUCCGACCCCCUGGGGCCCCUGGUGACCAUCCCCCUCCGUGACGUCACCGUACGUCUGACGGAGCGCAGCAUCAGCACCACGUACACCUUCAACUGGAUCUGCGAGUACAACAAGCGAUUGAAACGCCAACAGCCGCCCGACUGCUUCACGGCGCUCUUCGGCUCCUCCGCGGUGGAGUGCACCAUCGGCAGCCGGCCCACCGCGGCCGAACAGCUGCGGCGGACGGUGCGCCGCGUGUACUGGGAGACGGUGGUGGGCGGGGCCAAGGCGCUGGGCGAGGACGACGUGCGGACGGUCAGCGGGGAUAUUCGGGACAAUUAUCGGGUGCUGGUGGAGGGGAAGGAGUUUUUUGUCGAUAAGGCCAAAUUGGCCGCUGCGUCGCCGGUGUUUGCGGCGUGUUUCAACCAUCCCGAAAUGGAAGAAGGCCGCUCGGAAUCCUACAGCAUCCCCAACGCCGCCGCCGCCGUGGUGGAGCAGUUCCUGCACUUCUGCUCCACCGGCACCCUGACCCAGCCGGAAACGCACGUCCUGGGAUUAUUAUACCUGGCGCACCAGUACCAGAUCCCGGUACUGCUGGAGAAAUGCCAGAUCGCCGCCAUGCAGCAGAUCCUGGAGGGCUGCUCCGUAGAGCAGCUGGGCAAGGUGGCCGGGGCGGCGGUCGCCUUAUCUUUAUCGACGCUGUUGGGCGUCGUGCACGUGGUGCUGGAGGAGCGGAUGCCCGGGUGGACGCCGGCCGACUGGCGGGUGUGGGCGGGCUUCUUAGAGGGCACGCCGGGCUUCGCGGUGGAGCGCUGCCGCAUGAUGGCGGUAAGCAGAAUGUCGCCACAAAAUAGCAAGAAAUGAUUAAUUCUUGAAGCCUUACCAACCGCCGAUGUCUUCCUUUUCGAAUCCAACGGAUCGUGGAGCUUUCCAAGAAAAUUUGUGAAUCUUUUUGUGAAAUGUGUAUGGCUGAAAAUUCGCGCCGGCGGCCUUAUUUUUAUUUAUUUUUUGCAGACUCAGGUUUUUUUCUGCGCUUAUUUACCUGUUUGUCUGUAGUUUGAUUUUUUUUAAUUGUUUUAGUUUAAAAAAAAAUCUAUUGUGGGAACUUGGACACAUUAUGAAGAAAAUGUGAAU